AGGUCGGCCACUUCUGCUGGGGAGUUUUGGAGAAUUUGCACUCUUUUUCCGCAGCGUUUCCGGCUUGCAGGCCACUUUUUGUGGGCCUGUAAGUCCUCGGCGACCAGGUAACUCAAGGCACUGGUCACCUACCACGAGCUAUGGGUUAACUGGACAUAACACCCAACAGUACGAUCUAACUAACACUUCCAAUCACCUCCAGGCAGUAAGUACAUACAUCAAGAACCACGGAUAUCAGAAGGCAAGGCAAAAUGCAUCAAAGGGACAAGUAUCAAGUGACAGUAGACAACCACGGACAGCACCACUCAAUACUACUACAUCGGCACCGAAUGCUAGGAAUUUUGCAAAGAAAUACCGGCAUCCUUAUGGGAAGAACACAAAACAGCUCUUCAGUCGCCUUCAAAGGAUUAUGAAACAGGACUGGAAACCAGAUGUAGCCAAAACACGGGAAUUCAGGGCGGACAUUCGGACUGAACUAGGAAAAGCAGGCAGUCCGGGGAAUUUCUUAUUGACGAAGAAUAACACCUCACCUCGAGCAAAGAUGCGAUUUUACAUGGCUGGAAAGGCUCGGAACAUGACUCCAUCCCUCUGGAGUUACUUGCCACAGAACGCGAUCUUCAAACAAGGACAGUUCGCAAGCUGCAGCGUGGUUGGAUCAAGUGGCAUCUUGAGAGGUUCUCGUUGUGGGAAGAAAAUUGACCAAUCACAGUUUGUCUCCAGGUUCAACCUAGCCGCAGUUUGGGGAUAUGAAACGGACGUGGGCAGUCAGACAAACUUCACAACUUUGAAUCCAUCUUUUGUGGCAAACAAGCUGAAUGGGUUGAAGACACAGACCAACUGCUCUCAUUUCGGCAACAUUCUCAAACAGUUCAAAGACAGUAAGCUUUGGCUGCCUAUGUUCGGUGCUUCAGUGUACUUUUCUACCCUGAAACGAACCAUGGUCACAGCGACUGAGUUCCAGAGUGUUCAACCAGUCCUCGGGCAUCCUGAUCAUUUCCUCUCUGUGUCGAAGCUGUGGCGAAAGACUAUAGGAAAUAACCGCCUAUGGCCAACAACGGGUUUGUACCUGGUACUGUCCCUUGUUGAUGUCUGUGAUCGAAUCAAUGUCUUCGGUUUCUGGCCGUACUCAACAACCAUCAACGGCAGUGAUGUCCCUUACCACUACCACAAUGACGUAACUGGAAAGAAAAACUUGCAUAGCUUUGACACAGAGUUCAAAACUCUGGUCAACUUGUACGAAAAGGGUAUAAUCAAUAUGCACUUUGGUGCAUGUUUGUGACGAUUGCCUAGCCUUCCAUGAAAGAUCCAUCUCCAAAUGGACAAAAUCAAUGGAAAUGAGUGACAUUAUUCCAUGUUUUGAUAUGCUCAUGAAAAAAAUGUUUCGUGCAAUCUCAAAGAGACUCCUAAUAUUUACAUGUCUUUUUGUCGAAAAGGAAUAUUGUAGGAUUUUUGUCACUUAAGUUGUUGCAAAAUUGAUUUUUUCUUUGGAUUUGGUGCUCUGUUGAAAUUUCAUGUUUUUAUUAUUAUAUCACAAGGCUGUAAGAUAUACUUGAUGGAUACUUGGUGCAAUUUUGUGUGGGUAUAUGGACAUUAGGUAUAAAGAAUAAAAUAUAAUGUUUGAUAGCAGUAAUCACCGAGUCUUAUAAUCCGCCGAUAUUUACUCGAAAGAGCUUACAGCGUUUGCAUGGAAAAUGACUAGUUGCUUCCCAGACCAAAUGCACUAAGCAGUGUUUGAGAUUGGAAAAAUCUGUAUUUAAAACGGUUGGAUUAUGGCUGAUAAUACAUCGGUUAACAUGUUUAUCUUUACAGCUGUGGAAGUCGUAUUGAGGUGAAUUUACAUUUCUGUGAUAAGCUUAGCUUUUCUAUUGAAAGUACAGUCUUGUUCAGUUCCGAGCAUUUUACGUAUCACAAGCACGAAUAGACUGUAUCUAAGUGUCGGUUAUCUGGUACUGAAAGCGGGUUAACUUUUCAUUUUCAGAACCUCAGAGUAAAAAAGAACUGCAACAGAAUAAAGGGUCUUGACAAAUGAAUGCCAGUUUGUAUUGAGAAUUUUUCCUAAUUUAUCUUAUCAUUUUAAUGGUUUGUCACCCCAAUUGAACAGAUUACACUGAAUACAAAAGAUUCACGAAACAAUGGAAAAUGGUUUCCUUGUGAUUAAUGGAUUAAGGGAAGGGAUUUUGUUGCUUCACUCUGAAUGGAUGCUAUUCACAUUUCCUGUAAAAAUUAUAAUUAAAUGCUGUAGAUACCUUCAUUAAAGAAAUGGUUACCUAAUUUAAUGCAGUA